GAUAAAAUCUCUAAAAUUACUCGAGAAUGGCUUGUUCCUAUUAAUUCUGAUAUAUUUUCACAAUAUAAAUCUCCAUAUAUAAGUGGGACUUCUGUCGGAAAAGCAACAUUGAUUUUUGACGCAUUCAUUGCCCGAUUUUAUAAAUUACAAGAUUUUGGCGUAGUCGUGAUUUCAACUGAAUAUAUUACAGAUAGUGUUGCAUAUAAUUAUCUGUCUAAUAUAGUUGUUGGAUUUAAAUUACUUGCUAACAAAGGUAUAAAAAAGAUUGUUUUGGAUUUAAGUAAUAAUCAGGGUGGAGAUAUCUUUGUUGGGCAUUAUAUAAAUAAACUCUUAUUUCCUGAUAUACAAAAUUUUCCGUUAGACCAGAAAGUUAAUAACAUUUCUACGCCUUUUAUUGAAGAAAUUUCAAAGAUCAAAAAAAAAGCAGGAAGAGAGUUUCACUAUAAAACAUACAUUUCUGCAAAGAUAAACUCACAAUUUGAUAACGUUUCGGACUUUAUUGGAAACAAUAUCUAUACUCGUGGUAAUGCUCAAGUUAAAUACACUUCAAAAGCAUAUUUUAAUGAUUCAGAACUUUAUAGUGCAAAAGUUCCAACGCGUCCAAGACUUCCCUGGACUGAAAGAGAUAUAAUUAUUUUAACUGAUGGAAUUUGUCAGUCAACAUGUGCAAUUAUAACUCAACGUUUAGCAGAAAUUAAUGUUCCAACAAUAUCCGUUGGUGGAUUUCCAAAUAAGAGAUUUUCUUUUGCUGCAUAUGCUGUUGGAGUGGCAUAUUCUACUUCUGAUUUUAUAACUUUUCUUGAACAGCUUAAAAAUCUUGAUAGUUCUUUAAUUUCAAAAUUAACACUUUCCCCAGAUUUAACUUUAAAGUUUUCACUAGCUGAAGCUUAUAGUAUUAAGAAUCCAAAUGAAAUUAUGGAUUUUUCAUAUAGACCAGCAGACUAUCAAUUAUAUUAUGAUGAACGUAGUGCUAGAGAUCCAAGCCAGUUAUGGAUACAGGCGGCAAAAUAUAUUGGGAAGUAA